UUUCCUUUUCUUUUCUCUACGCGUUUCUGAAUCUUUGAGACCCUAUUUAUGUCCCUUUUGGCACAUUUUGCAACAUGGGUUUUGGUUUUCUCAUACAAAUCUGAACUGGGUUCGAUCAAUACUGUGAUUUCGGUUAUGGGUUUUUGCUGUAAUGAAAGAAAGUUUCCGUCUUUGGGUUCUCAGGGUGCUCUGCUAUUAAGGAUGAGUUUAAAUGAUGAGUCCCAAUUUAUAUCUGUGGAGGAAAGAGGAGAAGAUGCUACAACAAAUGUACAAGGAGAUGAUUUGCCUUCUAGAAGAAAUCGGACGAGAGGUUUUACAGUUAAGAAGAGGAAGAAGAGUUCUCAAUGUUGGCUGUCUUUUGAGGAAAUUCCUUUGGGUGAGGAUAUGAUUGAGCGUGCAAAAUGCAAGAAAUGUGGAGCAAUACUCAAAUGUGAUUCGGCAACAGGGACAGGUAGCAUGUUACGUCAUCACAAUUCGUGCUCUACUUCCUCUGCUAGUAAUGUUGUUUCACCACAAUCUGCCAUACGCUCUACUAAGUUUCAGUAUGAGAAAUUCUGUGAGUUAUUGAUAGAAGCUAUUAUCAGACAUGAUUUACCUUUCAGCUUUGUUGAGUAUGAGGGUAUUAGAGAUGUAUUUUCCUAUAUCUCUCCUGCACUUAAACUCCCUUGCAGAAAUACUGUUAAAGCUCAUGUGUUGAAGUUAUUUAAGAGUGAAAAAGUGAAACUUCAAACUUUGUUAUGA